AUGCAUUGGAAAUCAUACAAAGCAUCAUGGCAAGCAAAGUUGAAAGAAAUAGAUGGCAUUGUUUUAGCUGGGGAUGGUCGUCAUGACAGUAUGGGACAUAGCGCAAAAUACUGUGCAUAUAGUUUGUUCUGUUGUGAUGAUCCAAUAAAUGCAAUAAUUGAUUUCAGUUUAGUGCAGAGAAAUGAAGCUGGCAGCAGUCCUGCCAUGGAAUAUAUGGCUUUCACAAGAUCAAUGGAGGAUGUAUCAAAAAAUGAUUUGAAUGUUAACACUUUUGUGUCUGAUCGCCAUUCAUCCAUUGCCAAACACAUGCGAGAAAAGCUGCCAGAAAUCACUCACUACUUUGACCUGUGGCAUUUGACAAAAGUUUCAAAAGUACUGAGCAAAAUUGCUAAGGAGAACGAUUGUGAGGUGCUUUUACCAUGGGUGAAGCCAUGUGUUAACCAUCUCAUCUGGAGUGCCACAUCCACAGCUGAUGGUAAUGGCCAAGUCAUUUGGGCAAAAUUGGAAUCAUCUUUGGAACAUGUUGCUAAUGUUCACAAAGACCUUCCUAAUCCUGUCUUCAAUAAGUGUGCACAUGAUGAUAUAGAGGAAAGAACAUGGCUUGAUAAAG